AUGGCGCCAAAGGUCGACGAGAUGUUCAAGUCUGACAAAACUCAACAAUAUCACUGCAGGAAGCGACCACAACGACGACAAAGUUCCACGGUCGUCUGCAACAAGGGAGUUGAAAAUGGAAGAAGAGCGAAUUCAUCCAGCCGAUGUCAGCUGGUCAUCAGUGUUUUCACAACGUGGGUUUGCCUAAGUCAGAUAGUUCAAGGAACAAGUGCAACAUCAUCGGCUGCUGACUCAGUUACAGCUCAGUUCACUGCAGCAGUGACAGACAGUGGUCUCUCUACUGACUCUGCUGCUGUUUCAGCUACUGACAGUGCAAGUAGUUCAACAUCUGAUGUAACGUCAACCACAACUGUCACUACGGAAACAAUAUCUACCAUAGCAUCCACUGAGUCAUCCUCCAUACUGGCAAGUGCUACAACAUCGGCUGCUGACUCACUUUCAACUCAGUUCACAGCAGCAGUGACAGACACUGGUCUCUCUACUGAUUCUGCUUCUCUAUCAGCUACUGACAUUGCAAGUAGUGCAACAUCUGAUGUAACAUCAGCUACAGCUGUCCCUACAGGAACAAUAUCUACCAUAGCAUCCAGUGAGUCAUCUUCCAUACUGACAAGUGCUACAACAUCAGCUGCUGACUCAGUUUCAGCUCAGUUCCCUGCAGCAGUGACAGACAGUGGUCUCUCUACUGACUCUGCUGCUGUUUCAGCUACUGACAGUGCAAGUAGUGCAACCUCUGAUGUAACGUCAACCACAGCUGUCACUAUGAGAACAAUAUCUACUAUAACAUCAAGUGAGUCAUCUUCCAUACUAGCAAGUGCUACAUCAUCAGCUGCUGACUCAGUUUCAACUCAGUUCACUGCAUCAGUGACAGGCAGUGGUCUCUCUACUGACUCUGCUGCUGUUUCAGCUACUGACAGCGCAAGUACUGCAACCUCUGAUGUAAUGUCAACCACAGCUGUAGCAUCCAGUGAGUCAUCCUCCAUACUGGCAACUGCUACAACAUCAGCUGUUGACUCAGUUUCAACUCUGUUCACAGCAGCAUUGACAGACAGUGGUCUCUCUACUGAUUCUGCUGCUCUAUCAGCUAUUGACAGUGCAAGUAUUGCAACUUCUGAUGUAACGUCAACCACAGCUGUCAUUACGGGAACAAUAUCUACCAUAACAUCAAGUGAGUCAUCCUCCAUACUGGCAAGUGCUACAACAUCAGCUGCUGACUCAGUUUCAACUCAGUUCACUGCAGCAGUGACAGACACUGGUCUCUCUACUGACUCUGCUGCUGUUUCAGCUACUGACAUUGCAAGCAGUGCAACCUCUGAUGUAACGUCAACCACAGCUGUCACUACGGGAACAAUAUCUACCAUAGCAUCCAGUGAGUCAUCCUCCAUACUGACAAGUGCUACAACAUCAGCUGCUGACUCAGUUUCAACUCAGUUCACAGCAGCAUUGACAGACAGUGGUCUCUCUACUGAUUCUGCUGCUCUAUCAGCUACUGACAGUGCAAGUACUGCAACUUCUGAUGUAACGUUAACCACAGCUGUCACUACGGGAACAAUAUCUACCAUAGCAUCCAGUGAGUCAUCCUCCAUACUGGCAAGAUCUACUACAUCAGCUGCUGACUCAGUUUCAACUCAGUUCACUGCAGCAUUGACAGACGCUGGUCUCUCUACUGACUCUGCUGCUGUUUCAGCUACUGACAUUGCAAGCAGUGCAACCUCUGAUGUAACGUCAACGUACAGCUGUCCCUACAGGAACAAUAUCUACCAUAGCAUCCAGUGAGUCAUCUUCCAUACUGGCAAGUGCUACAACAUCAGCUGCUGACUCAGUUUCAGCUCAGUUCCCUGCAGCAGUGACAGACAGUGGUCUCUCUACUGACUCUGCUGCUGUUUCAGCUACUGACAAUGCAAGUAGUGCAACAUCUGAUGUAACAUCAACCACAGCUGUUUCUACAGAUUUAUUGUUUACCAUUCUAGCUAGUGAGUUAUCCUCCAUAUUGGCAAGUGCUACAACAUCAGCUGAUGACUCAGUUUUAACACAGUUUGGUUCAGCAGUGACCGAUAGUAGUCUCUCUACUGACCCUACUGCAUUUUCAGCAACCUUUGAUGUAACCUCGACCACACCUGUCACUACAGAAACAUUAUCUAUUAUAGCCGCCAGUGAGACAUCUUCUAUACUGACAAGUACUACAACAUCAUCUACUGAAUCACUUUCAACA